AAAAUAGGUAGCUAAAUCUUGCUGCGUCAUGAUAAAAUACACAUACUACAUACACUUAGAUAAUUGCCAAUUUUUAUAUAAGUACAUUUCGCGACUGUUCCGUUUAGAUCGAAUCUGUAUCACAUACCGACAACAUCAUAUAAAAAUGGUUCUUUCCAUGGAUAGAUGGGUGGGCAAAGUUGCCAUAGUGACUGGUGCUAGUUCUGGAAUCGGUGCAGCUAUUGCAGAUGCUCUGGUCGAAAAAGGCUUAAUCGUACUAGGGGUAGCUCGCCGUUCUGAACGUGUAGAAGAACGUGCUAAACAACUCUCAGGCAAGAAAGGAAAACUCCAUGCCAUCAAAGCUGACUUUGCCAAAGAGGAAGAUAUUUUAACAGUCUUCAAAUGGGCUAAAGACAAUUUAGGACCAGUUCAUAUUUUGAUCAACAAUGCGGGAAAAGGUUCUAAUUCGAACUUGACAGAAGGCAAAACUGAAGAAUGGAAAUCAAUUUUUGAUCUAAACGUCUUGGGACUGUGCAUUGCCACACGAGAAGCUGUGAAAGUCAUGAAAGAAAACAAAAUUAAUGGCCAUAUUAUACACGUGAACAGCGUUUUGGGACACAAAAUUAUUAGUGCCCCAAAUUUAAAUGUUUAUCCUGCGUCGAAAUUUGCUGUUACCGCUCUCACUGAAACUUUGCGACAAGAAUUAAAUCACCAAGGUCUUAAAAUCAAAAUUACCAGUGUUAGUCCUGGUAUGGUUGAAAGCGAAAUGACGACUUUAAAUCCGAAUCUAACCCCAGAUAGACAAGCUAUGUUUGAAAAGAUGCCGAGUUUGAAAAGUGAAGAUAUUGCUGAUGGAGUCGUGUAUGCCUUAUCUACGCCAGAACAUGUUCAAGUUCAUGAGCUUACCAUUAAACCCGUUGGUGAAGGCUUUUGAUGCGAAGAAAUAUUUCUAAGAACCAGUGACUAAACGGUAGACUUAUUGUAAUAAAUAGUUCACUUUUAAAUUUUUAAACCAAAACAGCAAUGUAUAUAAGACAAUUUAACAAUAAAUACCGAAGUAUGUGUAA